UACCUCUGCACGUUCCAUUCUGCAUAUAAUAUCAGUCACUACAGUUUUCCUUCUCCUAUGCUUAAAAAACGAUGCGCAACUCUUAGUCCUUGCUUGAAGGCUAUCUGGGAUCUCUUCGAACCUGCGCGAGUCAGAUGUGCGCUGUCUCAUACGGACGAGGUGGCCGGAGACGUCUGGUAGGAUCAGAAAUGGACUAAGAUGCGCAGGAAUACAGUGGAUGUAACACUGGCUGAUGGUCACGAUUUUGGGGCCGACCAGAGGGCCUCUGCCUGUGUGAGCAUGAUGCAGUAGAGCAGAGAGGGGCUACUUCAACCUGAGUGUGUGGGAGAGAGAGCACCCGAGGGCGUCAUGGCUGUCUUUAAACUGGAGAAUGUGGAGGACCUGUACGAGAUCGGCGAGGUGUUGGGCAGUGGUCAUUUCGGGCAGGUGCGGGAGGUGCGGGAGCGAGCGUCUGGGGCCCGCUGGGCGGGGAAGUUCCUGAAGAUCCGGAGAGGAGCGGGGAGCCGCCUGGGGAUGGAGAGGAAGAGCGUGGAGCGAGAGGUGGAGGUCUUGCAGGCGCUGCAGCACUACAACAUCAUGGCCCUCAGAGACGUGUUCGAGAGCAGGGCUGAGAUCGUCCUCAUCGUGGAGCUUAUCAGUGGAGGGGAGUUGUUUGACUUCAUUGCCGAGAAAGAGAAUUUGACGGAGACGGAGGCCAUCGAGUUCCUCAAACAAAUCCUGCAGGGAGUGAGCUACAUGCACAGCAAACACAUCGGCCACUUUGACCUCAAGCCUGAGAACGUCAUGCUGUCAAGCAAUACCCUGCCCAAUCCAGAUAUCAAGAUCAUAGACUUUGGCAUGGCCCACCGCUUCAUCCAAGGGGAGGAAUACAGGAGCUUGGGGGGCACCCCCCAGUAUAUAGCUCCUGAGGUCAUUAACUACGAGCCACUGAGCACAGCAGCCGAUAUGUGGAGCAUGGGCGUCAUCACUUACAUUCUACUGAGUGGUCUCUCCCCCUUCCAAGGGUACACCGAUGAGGAGACGCUACGCAACAUCGUAGGGAUGGUCUACGAGUUUGACGAGCAGCACUUCAGCCAGACCAGCGCCAUGGCCAAAGACUUCAUCCAGAAGCUCCUGGUGAAGGACCAGAAGGAAAGGAUGACAGCUGAAGAUUGUCUUCGUCACCCAUGGAUUAAGCCUCUUACCAGGACACAAGUUGCCAAGAGGAACCGCUCCUCCAUCAACAUGAAGAAUUUCAAGAGAUUCAAUGCCAAGAGAAAAUGGAAGAUGUCUUAUAACAUGGUGUCUGCGUGCAACCGGCUUUGUCGUCUGCAGCUGCAUUGCAAGACUAGCGCCUUGCAGGAGGAAGAGCUGAGACAGUGUGAAAGCGACCAAGAGGACACCGAGACCAAACCUGCCUCACUCCUCCGUCGCAGACUCAGCAGCAGUUCCUAAAGCCACCAGAGGGGGGCAGGCUCGACCUGUCCUGUCCCGCACCAGGCACCCUGACCAGUAGGUGGAGCUAGAGGGCCACAGCCCCGGUACCUGGUGGUUCCUCCAUUCUCCAACUGGGCAGACUCUACAAGCACAGAGUUGCCUGCCGACAUCAGCUCAGCCAGAUGAAGCCUAACGGGGAGAUGUGAUGAACUUGCUCUCCAAGCUAAUGAUACAUAUCAGCAAAACACAUUUUCUCUGUCGCAAAACACUUGCUCUUUGCUUUUUAGCCACUAACACCACAGUUGAAUUUGAUGCGCUAGCAUAUUUUGAGAAGAUUAUAGCUUCCUAGCCGAGUUUUCCAGUACAGUCUGGACAGCAGUCUCUUUUCGUAAAGGCAACAGUCCAACAGAUGUGAGCAAGUUCCUCACAGAAGAGCAUGACCUCGAUAUAUCUCUCCCAAAGAGGAAAAACGAAUAGAUGUCCAUUUUAAGGACAGUCCCUAGUUCCUGAAUACUUUAGAAUCGAUGUAGACAACAGCUUCAAAUUCAUAACUGCAUAGUGUUCAAUGACUCAGAGUCUCAGAGAAAUGCAUGCUUAUACUGUAGCAUGCAAACCUCGGCUGUCAGAGCAGUCUGUUUUAAUAAAUAUGCAUAUGUGCUUUUCAUGGGGAAAUGUAGUGUGAGAUUUGCAUGCAGGGACAACAGAAUGAAGACUUUUGGACUACUCGGUCAGUGUGAGAGUGUGAACAGAGACUCAUAGCAAGGAGCAGUCCAAUGAAGAGAAGGGAGAAAUGAGGAGGCUGGUGGAAUCUAAGCGCACACACUGUGAAGACAUUUCUUUUGGAAAAGCCUUGUGAGUUGCACACUGGAUAUGCCGGUCUGCAGCCCACAGGUGUCUGUGAGUGGAAGAUAGCACACUUGUGUUGAAACUUUUGAUACAGAAUGAUCUAUUUGGAACGGGGUUGAUUUUACCCCCCAUGCAGGCUUUUGGCUUUUACCCUGUGCCCGCACUGGAUAGACAUGCUUGUCAUGUCCAGUGUAUGCAUGCUUCCGUUACUGGACGUACUGUAUUCCACCUGUGCUGAGGUCUGGCUAAAGGUGUAUGGUCAGUUAUCCUCAGCUUUAUAUAGUAUAUUUUGGUCACAGUUGUAACAGUAACACAGAAUGAUUUAAUAGUCAGUGGUUGAUUCUGAUCACCGUGUACAUUGUAAAGAGUAUGUGCUUAAUUUGCUGUUAACACAGACGAUGCCAUGAAUAAGCCGGAAAAAUCCGGAGACAUAUGACUACAUAAAUUAGAUUAUUAUAACAUCAUAGGUUUUUAUCUUUUUCAGUUUAUGUCAGGAUCUCAUAGCAGUUUUUUUUUUUUUUUUGCUGUACUAGCUUUAACAAAAAGAAACAUUGUGUUGUUUGCACUGUUUACAUUGACUCUGCCACAAACUACUCUUCUCCCGAGUAAGAGAUGGGCAGAGAAACAAAGCUGACUUCUCAUAAGAAAGCUAUUUCAGCAGGAUUUAUUGUCUAGAUUUGGAGGGGAUUUUAGUCUUCCUAUCAGAUUUGGGAUCACUUCCAUUUGGAAGGCACCAUGAUAUUCACUUUAUGUCUUGUUAAGUCGUGUGCCAUAAGCCUCACUGUAAUGUUUAGUCAUGUAGUUGUUGUCUGAUAUGAAAGGUGAUUGAUAGAGCAUGUUUUUGAAAUGGCAAAAGGUUGCAUGUUAAUGUUAGAUUAUAUUGUGAACUAACCCAUUACAAAAAACAACUGCAGAUUUUCUGAAGUACUAUACUGUACAAUGCCAAUUUCUGCAGUAAAAUACAGUACUACUCCAAUGUAGUAUUGCAUUUUAUUUUAUUUUCAUUUCUAAAAUAUUGCAUAUCUUGUAUAGCUUGGUUAGCACCAGACCACUUUGCUAACAGGUUUGUCUGGGUUCUCCCAGGCUACUUAUUGCAAAUAAUUCCUCUAAAUCGGUUAUUUUGAUACUCUGCAGUUUUGACACUUGCAGUUCUUUUUUGUAAGAGAAGGAAAAGGACUGGUCAUAUAAAUGGUGACACUUUUAAGCUGAUGAUACAUGGACCAACUUUUUGGUCAAUGUUGCUGAGAAAUGUUGCCAUUAUUGUAGUUCUGGCACGUUCCCAUUGAUAUUAGGCAUCAAUUUGUUUUCUGGAGAACUAAUAAUCUGUAGGCGAAUUGCCAUGAUCGUCCAAUCAGCAGAAAUGGAACUGGUUAUGUGGUUGCCCAGCAACAUUGCUAAAAAAGUUGCCUCAUGCAUCACCACCUUUACAGGUGAUUCAGAUAUGCAUAAUUUAGUUAUAUCUGUCUGAUUAUGGAACACGGUGCUGUCUGUUUUAUUCAUAGCAACACUGAAGUAUUCUUGUGUAUUUGUAAAAGUGUCUUAAGUAAUGUAUGUUAUUGGUUGGACUUGUAACUAUGUUAUUGCUUUACGCACGCAGUUUGUCAUUUGUAUGUUAACCAUUAAAUACUUUGUUUGGAGACAUGA